AAUGAAUUCUACUUCUUUUAGGUCAUCGAAGCUAUCCUCUCUGAAUAAGUUCGGACCAUCACAAAGUGCAAGGAAGAGCAAAGGGAUCACGAGAAUUCCAAGGAAGGCAUUCCAGAAGAAGAUGUAUGUUGAGAAUUCCCUUUUAAAAGAGUCCAGGAAAAUGUCUCACGCUAGAAACAAGUAUAUGACCAACAUGCUUGAAAAUAUCUCUGCUGCUGAUAAAUUUGUCCAAUCGAGGAAAUCCAUUGAGGACUUUAAGAGGAAGGAGGCUCAAGUUGGCAUUCUGACUCCAUUAGCCACGAAUAGGUUUGAGAAAACUGACUUUUCAAACCCUGAGACUCUUGAUCCAAGGCUUAAAACUCUUUCAGCUGCUGGUUUGACAACCAGUGGUGAUCUCCAGUUGAUUAAUAAAGAGCUUGGAGUGCACCACAGGCAGUUUCUGAGGACAGAAGUUGGGCAGGCAAAGGUGAAGUUAAUGCAUACUUAUGAUCCGAAUAAUAAAGCUCUAAGGUCAGUUCAGAAAAUCAACCAGAGCUUGGCAAAGCUGAAUAAUCACAGUAAGGCGAAUUGGAGUCAAAGAGAUUUGGCCAAGAAGCUCUUGUCAGCUCCUUCCAAUAUCAGUAGGAAUUAUGAGAAAGAAGUUAAUACGAGUAAUAAUGAGGCCCUAAUUCGGAGCCAGCUUAAUGCCCAUCCGAUAUAUGACGAAGUAGCAUCAGGAUCUCCUAUGAAGCGAGAUCAGCGUCUUGCGAGGCUUAGGAAGGAAUAUGGUUUUAUUGAUAGAAAUAAUCCUCAGCUUAAGACUCUGACUGAUACAAAUAAGUCAGCAAGCCCCAAUCCUAGAACAGAGAGUGGGAAUAUUACGAUCAUGGAAUCGAACACAGCUCGAGCUCUUAAUCAGGACCAGAAGAUUAACUACCUCAUCCUUAAGGAGGGGAAGCACAAGAAGACGGAUAUUUUAGGUCAAAAGAGCAAGAAUCCUCCACAGAAAGUUAACCUUUUCACUACGCCUUUCAAGACAGAUUAUAAUUGAAACUCUCAGUCAAACAUAAUCUGGAGUGAUUUCUCAAAGCCAAAGAGCUCAGAGAUCAGCCAGGUCAGUGUCAAUGGGAGAUCUUCGAAUAUUGAUCCUCUGAACCCAAUGAGAGCAGUGAGCUUACCUAGGAAGCUUGAUCUAAGAGACAGCAAAGUUUUUAAGAAGAUCAAUGGGAUCAGUGAAUUUAACCAAAUUACUCAUGCUUUUAAUUCAAACUUGAAUAAGGAUUACCUUAAAGCUCUAGCAGAAAAGAAGCAUUUUAGGAGAUCUAAAGGGAUGUGAGCUGAAUUUGCUAAGUUAUCCCAGUCCCAGCCCAGAUAA